AUGCGCUCCUUGCUCAGGCAUCGCGCCAUAGCCCGCGCGAGCCGGCCCCUUGUGCGCUGCUAUGCUACUGCCGCGCCUCCAUCCCCUAACGAUGCAUUUGCGACGAGCACCAAUGCAUACUAUGUCGAAGAGAUGUACAAGCACUGGAAACGCGAUCCCUCGAGCGUCCACGCGAGUUGGCAGGCGUACUUUUCCGGCCUCGACAAGGGUUUGUCCAGCCCGAAUGCGUUCCAGCCUCCGCCGGACUAUACUGGUGUGCCUAUGGCUGCUGACGGUGCCCCCUCUCUCCACGUCGGGAGCGGAGCCCUCACCGAUCAUCUAAAGGUCCAAUUGCUCGUCCGUGCCUACCAAGUUCGCGGUCAUCACGUCGCCGAUCUCGAUCCUCUUGGGGUUCUCGACGCCGAUCUACAUAACAUUGUCCCGGCCGAACUCGAACUGUCCCACUAUGGAUGGACCGAGCGCGACCUUGACAAGAAAUUCAAACUUGGUCCUGGUAUUCUGCCCCACUAUGCCCGCGAUGGGACGCAAGAAAUGACCCUGCGCGAUAUUAUUCGUACAUGCGAGAAGAUUUACUGCUCGAGUAUUGGAUUCCAAUACAUUCAUAUUCCCGACAAGGAUCAGUGUGACUGGAUCCGAGAACGCGUUGAAAUCUCGAAACCAUACAACUACACGACCGACGAAAAGCGCAUGAUUCUCGAUCGCCUCAUGUGGUCCGAGAUGUUUGAAAAAUUCAUUGCAAGCAAGUUCCCCUCGGAGAAACGAUUCGGUCUCGAGGGCUGCGAAUCUCUUAUUCCGGGAAUGAAGGCGCUCAUUGACCGCUCGGUCGAUCAUGGAGUCAAGAGCAUCGUCAUGGGUAUGCCUCACCGUGGACGAUUGAACGUACUCGCCAAUGUCGUCCGAAAGCCAAUCGAAGCCAUUCUCAACGAAUUCAUUGGCACCGAAGACGCCAACGACCUUGCUUCGGGAGAUGUCAAAUACCAUCUCGGAGCCAACUACGUCCGUCCAACUCCAUCCGGCAAACGCGUUUCCCUCUCGCUCGUUGCUAACCCGAGUCAUCUUGAAGCCGAAGACCCGGUCGUACUCGGCAAGACGCGCGCACUGCAACACUUUGAAAAUGACGAACAGGCGCAUAACACUGCGAUGGGUGUACUCUUGCACGGAGACGCGGCGUUUGCGGGUCAGGGUGUCGUGUAUGAGACGAUGGGCAUGGCCGGAUUGCCGUCGUACGGCACGGGAGGAACAAUCCACUUGAUCGUCAACAAUCAAAUCGGGUUUACGACUGACCCUCGAUUCAGCCGAUCGACCCCUUACUGCUCGGACAUUGCCAAAUCCAUUGAUGCACCCAUCUUCCAUGUCAACGGAGACGACGCAGAGGCAGUCACAUUCGUCUGCCAACUCGCGGCCGAUUGGCGCGCCAAAUACAAGAAAGACGUCGUGGUGGAUAUUGUCUGUUAUCGCCGUUACGGUCACAACGAAACGGAUCAACCGGCGUUUACGCAGCCCAAGAUGUACAAGGCGAUCGAGAAGCAACCGACCCCGCUUACUCAGUACACCCAGGCAUUAAUCAAAGAAGGCACGUUCACCGAGCAAGAUAUCGAAGAACAUCGGAAAUGGGUAUGGGGUAUGCUCGAAAAGGCGGCGGCUGCGAGCAAAGAGUAUAAACCCAGUCCUAAAGAAUGGCUCUCCUCGUCCUGGGAUGGAUUCCCUAGCCCCAAGGAACUUGCCGAGCAAAACUUGCCUCACCGACCGACAGGAGUGGAUGAAGAAAUACAUCGGACUAUCGGAAAUACAAUUAGUAAUGUCCCGCAGGGAUUCACUCCUCACCGAAACCUCGCGCGUAUCCUCUCUGCGCGUGGAAAAUCGGUUGAGCAAGGGUCCGGAAUUGACUGGGCUACCGCCGAGGCGCUCGCAUUUGGCUCGCUCGUGCUCGAAAAAUACCACGUUAGGAUAUCAGGACAAGAUGUCGAACGAGGCACGUUCUCUCAGCGCCACGCCGUCAUCCACGACCAGGAAAAUGAGGCGCAAUAUGUACCGCUCAACAACCUUGGUCACGACCAGGCCGUUUUCAAGGUGUGCAAUUCGUCACUCUCCGAAUUCGGUACCCUGGGCUUUGAGUUGGGUUACUCGCUUGUGUCCCCUCGAAAUCUGACCAUGUGGGAAGCACAAUUCGGAGAUUUCGCAAACAACGCGCAGUGUAUCAUCGACCAAUUUAUUGCGGCCGGAGAGCGCAAGUGGGUCCAGCGCAGUGGGCUGGUAAUGAGUCUGCCGCACGGGUACGAUGGACAAGGGCCUGAACACUCGAGUGGACGUAUCGAGCGAUUCUUACAGCUUGUAGAUGACCAUCCGGAUAUUUUCCCUUCGCCUGAAAAGAUGGAACGCAUGCACCAAGACUGCAAUAUGCAAAUCGUCUAUCCUACCACCCCUGCCAACUACUUCCAUGUAUUGAGGCGACAAGUGCACCGUGAUUUCAGGAAACCUUUGAUCCUUUUCUUCUCCAAGUCGCUCCUGCGACACCCUCUCGUUAAAUCCGAUUUGUCAGAAAUGACCGGAGAGACUCAUUUCCAGAGGUACUUGCCGGAGCCGCACCCUGAAGACGUUCUCGUUGCGCCUGAACAGAUCAAGAGGCAUAUUCUCUGCUCUGGUCAGGUGUACUACACCCUCCUCAAGGCACGGGAAGAUCGCGGUGUCAAAGACGUCGCCAUCAGCCGAUUGGAGCAGCUAUCGCCCUUCCCUUACGAUCUCUUGACGCCUCAUCUGGAUAAGUACCCGAAUGCGGAGUUGAUGUAUUGUCAGGAAGAACCUCUCAACUGCGGUGGAUGGACUUAUGUUGCACCCCGUAUCCGGACUGCCUCUAACGAGACCCAGCAUCACAAGGGUACCUAUCCGAAAUACGCUGGACGCGAUCCGACCAGCUCGGUCGCGACGGGUAGCAAGCACAAACACAAGAAGGAGAUUGAGCAGUAUCUCGAUGCUGCUUUCGCAUAG